CAGUGUCUCUGUGGGCGUUUCUUCUUCUUCUUCUUCUCUCCCUGCUGAUUAUUAACUGCAGACUGAAGCGGGACUCCGUCACACCGCCUCACCGCCUCACCGCCUCAGACCCUGCGCCGGAGGGACUGGACUGUAACCCGUCUGUCCUGUUUUAAGUCGACAUCAUCAUGAGUCUGAGCUCCAGCGACCUCGCCGAGCUCAUGGAGCUGUGGGAGGAGCUAAACCUGACCACCGCAGACCACCACAACCUGUCCUACGUGGAGAUGCUGCGGUGUUCGGGCGCAGUCAGCCACGCCGCCUUCCUCCACGUCCUCGCCGUCCUCUACAUCUUUGUCUUCCUGGUGGGCCUCGCCGCCAACGCCCUGGUGGUCUGGGUCAACCUGCGCUCCAGAAGGAACCAGUACGAGACGCACCUGUAUGUCCUGAACCUGGCUGUGGCCGACCUGUGCGUCGUCUGCACGCUGCCAGUCUGGGUGACCUCGCUGCUGCAGGAGGGUCGCUGGCCAUUUGGCGAGGCCAUCUGUAAACUCACCCACCUGGUCUUCAGCAUCAACCUCUUCAGCAGCAUCUUCUUCCUCACCUGCAUGAGCAUCGACCGCUACCUGUCCGUCAGGCUAUUUGCCAACGCCCCCGACAGCAGCGGCCGACAGAAGAAGUGGGUGCGACGGAUGAUCUGCGUCCUGGUUUGGCUGCUGGCGCUGCUGUCCUCUGUCCCCGACACUUACUUCCUGCAGACGGUGAAGUCGUCACACCAUGACGGCGUCAUCUGUCGGCCAGUUUACCCAUCCGACAACCCGAGGGGGUGGAUGUUGGGCGUCCAGCUGAGCUUCAUUGUCCUCGGCUUUGCCAUCCCCUUCCCCAUCAUUGCCAUCUUCUACCUGCUCCUGGCGGCGGCGAUCCCUCCCGGCUCGGACCGGGAGCGCCGCAUCAGCCGCCAGAUCAUCCUCAUGUACAUCGUCGUCUUCCUGGUGUGCUGGUUGCCGUUCCACGCCGUCCUCCUGCUGGACACCCUGUCCCUGCUCAACAUCCUGCCCUUCAGCUGCCGCCUGGAGAACUUCCUGGAUGUGUCCCUGCACCUGACACAGUGCUUGUCUCUGGUCCACUGCUGCGUCAACCCCGUCCUGUACAACUUCAUCAACAGGAACUACCGCUACGACCUCAUGAAGGCCUUCAUCUGCAAGUACUCCACCAGGACGGGGCUCGCCAGGCUCAUCGACGCCUCGCACACCCCCGAGACUGAGCAUUCGGGAGUGACGAUGGACAACAGUGUCCCAAUGUGAACUCUAAUCCAUCCUAACAAGAUCCAGAAUAAAAAGCAGCGACCUGGGACCAGGCUAAAUCCAUCGGCCUCGCCCGAUGUGUGAAAUACAGCCCAUAAUGACUCAAGUUACGCUACAGUAUAUGGACUGGGCUGUCCACAAACUUUUGACCAUGUAGUGUGUUUUCUAACUGUUUCAGGUGUAUCAGGUGUUUGUCCUGACAGUCAGAACCGAGGGCUGAAAAGUUGAAGUAGCAUUUCAAACAUGGACGGUGUAAUGACUCUCACACACACACACAUUUCUGUUCUAGUUUUCAUUCUUACUCAGUUGUUGAAAUCUGGUUUGGAAGCAGGAUCACAGGAAACAUAUUUAAUCCAGUGUCUGACCCUCAUGCUUCUGUUUUCUCUCCCAGUUUAACGCGUUCUGUCAGUUUUCAGGUUCCACACUUCAUUAAGAAAGUUGCAGAUCUGUGUCACUGACCUCUCUGGUGUUUUUCUCUUUAAUAAACACGUGUACGUGAA